AUGCCGAAGAAGGAGAGUACCAUCAUAGUGGAAGACGACGAGACCGUCAAUAGAGUCGCGGUGCGCAUCCCGCCUUUCUGGCCAGAAGAUCCGGAGCUUUGGUUUGCGCAACUGGAAGGGCAGUUCACACUAGGCGUCAUCACCGAUUAUGACGUCAGAUAUGGCAACCCUUUGUCAAAACUAGAGCCACGACAAACGAGGGAAAUCAAAGACGUAAUCACCAAUCUCCCCUCCAGCAACAAAUAUUCAGCUAUAAAGCGCGCGCUGAUUCAACAGCUGACAGAUUCGCAAGAGCAGCGGAUAAAGCAGCUUCUGGAAAGAGAGGAGCUUGGAGACAGAAAGCCUUCGCAGUUUCUCCGACACCUAUCAACGCUGGCAGGAACGACAGUCUCCGACGACUUAUUACGGACGCUUUGGUUAGGACAUCUUCCGCCGCAGACCCAAGCAAUCCUCACAACGAGGAAAGGCGACAAGCUGCAAGACGUGGCAGAGCAGGCGGAUCCAUGA